AUGCGGAAAGGCUCACGCAACAUGAGCUCGUCGAGCUCCGGCCCAUCUCCCAGUGGCCAGACGGGCCAUUUUUACCACGACCGCCGUUCGUCCUACGGACACGUUUAUCCUCAAGUUCCGACGACGCCUGUUCGUGAUGGCGGCUCAGUCUACCCUGGUUUCAACUUCCAAAGCCACCGCAGCAGCUUUUCCUCGAAGAACGCUGCAGCCACUGCCCCCGUGGCCUUGAAUGCCAAUAUGGACUGGACAGCAACCUCUCGUUCUGCCUACAACAGCCCGCUCAUUCUGGUGCCCAACUCGAACUUCUUCGGCAGUAUGCAGCAAAUCCCUUCGUUCGUCACCGGUCAAAUUAGCGGACAGGCUGAUCAAAGCUCUCAAGUUCCUUACCUCUCGCCGAAUGUCUACUCGAGUCUUGGUCCUGUGAUUCCCGCAUCUUAUCCGACUUGGUCGUAUCCCGCCAACUACGAUCCCCAGGACAACAAGCAAAAUGUCUGGAACACCACUGAUCAAAAGGGUGCUCAAUCCGAGAAUGCUGCUCAGAUUUCGUACCUCCCUGCGAUGCUUCCCUCAUUCGACGGUACGAAUCCGCUGCCCGGACUUCCUUGUGCAAGUGUCUUUCCCCAGGCUGGGUCGCUCUCGUUCCCGUAUCAAGUGAUGAAAACCACCGAUGGAUAUGUGAUGCAGGACAUUGAUGCCCUGACCCAGCAAGAUCCUGCGAUCCCCCGUGCGGUACCUGCCAUGUGGACCAACCCAACCGAAUUGACCCUGGCAAAGUGUCUGGAAAACCGCGAGGGCAUUACAAAUGUCUACAUUCGGGGAUUCCUUCCCGAAACCACUGAUGAAAUGCUUCAUGCCUACGCUGCCCGGUUCGGGAAGAUUGAGCGCUGCAAGGCUAUCGUCGAUCUUGACACCGGCCUCUGCAAAGGGUUCGGUUUUGUUCAGUACUACAGCUUUGAAUCUUGCGAGAACUGCAUUCGCGGCUUCUUCUAUCUCGGCUACCAGGCCAGCUUCGCCCAAAAGUCUCGUAAUUCUCGCCUGAAGGACCUGGAGGAUAAGUCUUCUACCAACAUCUACUGCACCAACAUUCCGAUCGACUGGACAGAGGCUGAUCUCCGUCGUCAUUUCGAGCCUUAUCGCGUCGUGUCGGAGAAGAUCAGCCGUGACGACAAAACUGGCGUGAGCAAGGAAGUCGGUUUCGCUCGAUUCGAGAGCCGCGACAUUGCAGAGAAGGUGCUGAACGAAUUCCACAACGUCACGGCCAAGGAGAAUGGUGUGAAGUUGCUGUUGCGAUUUGCGGACACUAAGGCCCAGAAAAUGCUGAAGCAACAGAGCAAUGAACGCCGCGCAUACCGUGCUGGUGAGUACAACUACUCUGUCGAGGUGGUACAGGGAACUCCUCCGUCUCCUACUAUGCAACGCCUGAAGCAAGCGGCUUCUCAUCUCACCCCCGAAUCCCAAGAAAGCCUGACCUCACCGACGGGCAUGGACUCAAUGGAUUCUGACUGGACGCCUGCAACCUCGAUUUCCCCCACAUUUGCGCUGAUGAAGAACUCGGCGAACAGUGCUCGUCAGAGCCUAUUGUCCACUCGGAGCCUCAAUGCGACUGACAAUACCCUCGAGGAUACCCUCGAGGACACUCUUGAGGAUGACCCAGAUGACAAGCCCAAGUACUACCGUCCACGACCAUUCGCGAUGCGUCGAGCUGCGAGCUAUCAAUCUCUCACCGAUAUCUCCGGUGGCUCCACCAAGACCGUUGUUCCAGGCUCGCCCACUCUUGACCUGCGCUCACGCUCAUCAACUUCGAGUCCGCAGAAGGAACACUCCCGGAGCGCCUCUACGUCCCGCCUUCCAACGCGCAUGGAGUCCAUGACCCCCGCCGCGGCUUCCUAA